GAGAGUUCCGUGCUGGAAAGCGGGACCUGUCGUGCUAACUAGAAAGGUGUAGAAGCGGCGUAGAAACCGAAACCGAAAAUCGAGACCCUCAUAAACCCCACAACAAUAAGAUGCUGACACGUAAAUACGCGCAUCUAGCAACUUCACCUGAAUUUCUCUCGGAGACUUUUUUCGAUAAAAGAUUGGACUAUUUUCUCUCGGGACAAUAUUUAGGCCGUUUCGAUAUACAAUCGAAAUGCUGUAGACGUAUGAAGCUUGCAAGUCAAAGCUUAAAUGGGUCCCGGGUUCAUGAUAGACCCCGAGACCCGGGGAGUCUAACGAUUAAUAGAAAUAGAUGUUGAUCCACCAGCAUUACUAAUGUAGGUCGAAUGCCGAGGAAAUGAGGUCAUGUAUAUCAUGCGAAAAGGCGAAAUGUACUGCAUAACGUUACUGUAAUACUGUUUCAAGUGCCAUCUAUAAGAAGUGUUCGGUAUCUAUAGCUUAACUACAGAAGUUCGUCGUCAGGAGAAAACUCGCAAACGAGAUAACACACAAAUACAAACAUCAUGAAGGAAGCAAUCGUCAAGAAAGACACAUCCGUCGAGAUCAUCGACUCUCCGAUUCCUAAGCCAGGCCCUGGUGACGUGCUCAUCAAGGUUGUCAUUGCAGGCACCAACCCCAAGGAUUGGAAGAUCCCGAUUUGGCUCGGCGAAGAAAACAACAGCGGUGACGACAUCGCUGGUAUCGUCGAAGCCGUAGGCGAAAAUGUCGUCGGCUUCCACAAAGGCGACCGCGUAGCCGCAUUCCAUGAGAUGAGAACUCCCCACGGUGCUUUUGCCGAGUACGCGACCGCGCCAUACUACACAACUUUCCAUAUCCCCGAUUCAGUGUCUUUUGAAGAGGCGGCUACCAUUCCUCUCGCCGCGUACACUUCUGUCUGCGCUUUGUUCCAGGAGCUUGAGAUCCCCGAGCCUUGGUCCCCGCUUGCCAAGACUGAGGCCAAGCGUCCUCUUCUCGUUUACGGAGCUAGUACCGCUACUGGAGCUUACGGUAUCAAGCUCGCCGCAGCUGCAAAUGUUCAUCCGAUCAUCGCAGUUGGAAGCCAGCGCAGUGCAUUUAUCAAGCCAUUCCUCGACGAGAGCAAGGGCGACGCUCUUGUUGACUACACCGCUUACAAGACUGAGGAAGAGCUGGUCAAGGCAAUCCAAGAAGCUUUAAAGAAGGGGGGUGCUCCGGAUGGUCGAUGCUGGAAAGCCUUUGACAGUGUGUCUGAAGAUUCAACCAUCAGAACUGUUACCAAGGCCAUCGCCGGUCCUCCAGACUCGACUGGCCGAAAGCCAAAGCUGACCAAUAUCUUGAUGAAGACUGAAGUCGAGGGUGCUGACCCUAGCGUCGAUGUUGUUGUCUCGAAGGUUAGCCAUGUUCAUGACAAGGAUGAGAAGAACAAGCUCCUUGGUGUUGUAUGGGGUGCAGCGUUUGCUAGGGGUCUUCGAGAGGGUUGGUUCACAGCCCAUCCUUACGUCAUUGGUAAGAACGGCCUAGAAGGUCUCUCUGAGGGUCUGAAGGGUUUGAAGGAGGGCAAGACACGAGCUCAGAAGUUCUUGACUGUUAUUGGCGAGACACCAGGAGUCAGCGCUUAAGCUUGGAACAAGAUGCCUGAUGGUGCGUCUGUCUACAGUACAUAAUAGUCCCAGCAAAGUCUAUAGUCUAAUCUAACUUUUCAAGCGAGUCUAUACGCCUUUUUAUCUUCGUAAACCUUUCUC